AUGGAGAUUUUGGAAGGCUUGAAGGAAGGUCAAAGAUUUGAUCUGGUUCCUCGGAAAUUUGAAGGCUUCCUUCUCAAGCGGCGGAAAUGGCCUCUGAAGGAUGGCACAAGCCCCCUUAUCUUUCAUUUAAAGUGUAAGUCACGUGAAGUAUACCUGCAGUGGGUAGAGCAAUUGAAACAACACCGUCUCCACAAACAGCACCAGAUUCUUUAUAGUAAAGAUCAAGUAAAGCUGACUUCACCAACAUCACCAUCAGAUGACUCACCAACAGAUCCUUUAGUGCCUGGUGGACGAACAUCCCUGUCUGGUUCCUUACCUGGCUCGCAUCCUGGAACAAUGGGUCGUGAAGGCAAGUCCAACACUGGCACCACAUUGACUGGGGCUGCUGCGGGGGCAGGAACCCUUCGAUCAUGGCUAGUAGACAGCUCUGGAUUGGAUCAGUUAACAAAGGAUAUGACUACCACACAACACCAUGUGCAGCAGCUAGUCAGACUCCUUGAUAAUAUUGAACACCAAGAUGACAUGAGUCAUGGUGAGCCUGCAACUCCAUCAACCAAGUCCAGAAGAAAGUUCCGUUUGCGUAAACACAAGUCAAGCAAGUCCACUGGUGGAGAGAUAGCCAUCAACACAAGCCCAGGGAAGGGCACUCCAGACCAGGUUGAUGCUGUUAUGCCCUCAUUACAAGUGGAUGGGAAUUUGUGUGAGUUGCGACCCCUCAGCAGCAGCAACCCAACGUUAGCACUCCACAAUGCACAUUGGCAUCCCUCUGCUUCCCGACCUCAUAGCUAUUCUGAUACUUCAUCAGCUAUAGUUGGAGGUGUACAGCUUCCAAAUACACCUUCACCUACAUCUCAGUCUCACCAGACAGCCCAUCCCCCAGCAAUCACUCUGUCAAUGGAGAGUUCUACAAGGGAAGACUUCACUAUUUUAGCAAAAGAAGUUGUGAGCCAGUUGGGGCAAUUACUGCGUGGAAUCCAGACAGAACGAGAAAAGUUGCGACAGGCUCUAGAGUCUGAGUCAAACUUAUUGGCGUCUCACAAUACCACAGCCAUUAUUGCUGCACUGAGAAAUAGUCUCAAUCAGGCACUCCAACAAAAUGCUGAGUUACGUGGCCGUCUAGCAAGGAUACAUGCAGAUUCGGACUUGUCUGAUAUCUCUGUUCCACCUUCAGUGUCAGAACUGCUUCAUAAGUCACUCCAUACAUCCUUGUCAUAUGAAAGCAGUUCAUGCUUUAGUGCAUCAGAAUAUUUUGAUGCAGCUGAUGCAUUUAGUGAUGUUGGAGGAACAGACACAAGUUCGGAGGCUUCUUCAGACAACAGUUCAUUCACAAGUGAAGCCAGUGAUGCUGGAACUGAUGCUCAUCCUAGUGCUGCAGAGAUUGAAGAGGAUGGGAAGUGCUUUACUGGACGGAGGACCAGACUUCCAGCUCCUAAACCUCUCACAGAAGACUUUUCUGUUUGGAAUUUCCUUUACAAAAAUAUUGGAAAGGACUUGUCCAAAGUUAGCAUGCCAGUGACCCUUAAUGAGCCUCUGAACAUGCUGCAGAGGAUGUGUGAAGAAUUAGAGUACAGUGAAUUAUUAGAUAAGGCUGCUGGACUUGAGGAUCCUGGGGAUAGGAUGGUGUUAGUAGCUGCCUUUGCAGUGUCAGCUUAUUCCUCAUCCAUCUACCGUGCAGCUCAUAAACCAUUCAACCCUCUUUUAGGCGAGACUUAUGAAAGCAUCAGGGAAGACAAAGGCUUCAGAUUUGUGGCAGAACAGGCAAGGUCCAUUUGGUGUUACGGGAGUUCCUGGACACUGGAAGUGAAGAUCACUACGAGUGGAACAAAGUAACAACCUGUGUCCACAACUUGUUUGGUGGAGGCCAGAGAUGGGUGGACCAGUAUGGCGAAAUGAUUAUCAGAAACACCACCAAUGGUUUGAUGUGCAAACUCUCUUUUGUGAGGGCUAGUUCUUGGUCAUCAAAGCGUCACGAAGUUUUUGGAACUGUCACAGAUAGUGGUGGUCAGGUGCUACACAAUCUGUUUGGAAAAUGGACUGAAGCCCUUUAUUGUGGCCAUGCCCCCUCUGCACGUGUGGUUUGGAGACCAGGGAGCAUGCCUGAAGAUUAUCACUUGUAUUAUGGUUUUACACGUUUUGCAAUAGAGCUCAAUGAAUUAGAUGAAGAUCAGGCAAAGUACUUACCUCCAACUGACACUAGAUUCAGGCCAGACCAGAGAUUGGUAGAGGAGGGAAACAUGAAUGCUGGGGAAACCAUGAAGACCCAGUUGGAGCAGCAACAAAGGGAAAGGCGCAAACAGCGAGAAGAAGCAGGGGUUGAGCAUGUGCCUAUGUGGUUCAGACGGGAAACUACAGCUGAGGGAGAAAAUUGGAUCUUUACUGGAGAGUACUGGAACAAACGCAAAGAACCAGGUUUUAUCAAUAUGACCUUUGAAAAGUUAUGGUGAUUAUUUUACAGAUAUCAAGUACCUAGGUUAUAAUGUCUCCAAAUUGAGGCUACUCUAGGGUUAUAAGUUAUGCCUUGUAGGACCUAAGAUAUGUUGUUACAGUUACUGGAAACAAGUAAGUCACUGUGAUGAUGUGUUAACCCAAUGCCGACAAGGAAAAUAAAUAAAAAAUGGAGAAAAUGCUGUACUCAUUUUUUAUAUUUUUGUGAAUUGUCUCUGCACAUAGAUGGCUCUGCUAGUGCUUAGCCACAAAGGAGU